AGCGUCGCGUGAAGCCUCGCCAGUUUUCCUAUCUUCCUUUUAGAUCGAUCCGUGUCUUUUUCCGGUAAUCGAGUCAAGAUGAGUCGCGUCAGAACGAAGACGGUCAAAAAGGCCGCGAAGCUUAUUAUCGAGAAGUAUUAUCCACGUCUCACCUUGGACUUCCACACGAACAAGAGAAUAUGCGAGGAAAUUGCUAUUAUUCCUAGCAAAUCCUUGCGCAAUAAAAUUGCUGGAUUUGUCACUCACCUGAUGAAAAGGCUUAGGCACAGUCAGGUACGUGGUAUCUCCAUCAAGCUGCAGGAAGAAGAGAGGGAACGCAGAGACAACUACGUUCCCGAAGUUUCUGCUUUGGAGCAUGACAUCAUUGAGGUUGAUCCUGAGACCAAGGAGAUGUUGAAGAUGCUUGAAUUCAACAACAUUACUGGACUCCAACUCACACAGCCUGUCCCACAAUUUAGCAGACGUUCUUAAAAAUCGUUCCCUACAUUACUAAGAAAAUGGUUGGUCUUGCACUUUUCAAAUAAAGUUGCGAACUAACACUCA